AUGACCGAUGAAAAGCGAGAGAAAAAACGUAGAAAAGAUAGAGAGAGAUCCAAAAAAUUGAAGGAAGAAGGACGUAUAAAAAGUAUAAAAGAUCUUGAUAAAAGAGAACAGAGAAAUAUAAGAAAAAAAUGGAAAGUGGCUAGUCUAGAGUACCGAAAAAUAAAAAGUCAGAAAGGUCGUAAAAAGGUAAAACAUGACAGAGCUGAAUGUUAUCGAAAAUUAAGAAAGUCACAAAAGAUUAUAGAAGACUUAAGGAAUAAACUUAGAAACUCUCAAAGAAAGGAUAGGAGACAAAAAUUAAAAAUUGCAGCAUUAGAGUCUAGUAAAGAAAGACUACCAGCUGAAACUCCAUCUCAAGCAACAAAGAUAAAUAAACUAGUAGAAGGAUUUAAGGUACCUGAAGGAGUUAAAAGACGGCUAGUGUUAGAAGAAGCGCUGUAUUUACAGUUAAAAGAAAACGUACAACAACUGAAAACACAAACUGAAAAACAAAUUGCGGCUAAAAUAAUUAGUGGAAAAAUAUUGAGAAAGCAAUACAUUACCAUUCAAUCAGUAUUGCAGGAAAAAAAGAAACAAUAA